GGCUGACAGCGGCUACACACCGCCGGGGAGCUUUUGUCUUCGGAUCUUCGGAGGGGGAUUUCUCAAGUGCAGGAUCUGCGUCUGGAGCUCCUGCAAAAAAAAAAAAAAAAAAAAAAUUGAGCCGGUUCACGUUUACCUCCGACGCAGGAGCAGUAGCCGCAGCAGCAGCAGCGGCCAUCGCAGUGGCUCAAUGAAGAACUUGUGAACAUGCACGAGGGAAGGACUCUACCUUUCACUUCGGUGACUUCCCCAGAUGCUUUGGCCCAAAGAAAGAUGGAAAGGAAUGGGAAGAACUUGAGCCAAGGCUGCUGCUCAGCACCCGUUCAGUGAGCCAACAGGAGAUCCUCCACACGCCACGUCGCUGAGCCUCUCACCCUUCCCCUUCUUCUGACCCGUCGGCCGCACGAGCAGCAACGCCAUGACCUCUGAGCUGGAGAGCAGCCUGACCUCCAUGGACUGGCUCCCCCAGCUCAGCAUGAGGGCGGCCAUCCAGAAGGCGGACGCGGGACACCACCACGGCCACCACGGUCUCCAUCACGGUCACCACCACCACCACCACGGUCUCCAUCACGGUCACGGGCCUGGCAAGAAAAUCGUCCAUCUGGAUCCGGGAACGACGCUGGACCAGGAGGAGGCCGCCCAGCACAGAGACGGUAAACCGCCCUACAGCUACGCCAGCCUCAUCACCUUCGCCAUCAACGGCUCGCCGCGCAAACGGAUGACCCUCAGUGAGAUCUACCAGUGGAUCUGUGACAACUUCCCCUACUACCGAGAGGCGGGCAGCGGCUGGAAGAAUUCUAUACGACACAACCUGUCCUUGAACAAGUGUUUUCUCAAAGUGCCUCGCUCCAAAGAUGACCCUGGAAAAGGUUCCUACUGGGCCAUAGACACCAACCCUAAAGAAGACGCGGUACCCAGCAGGCCAAAGAAGAGGCCGCGCUCUGGAGAAAGGCCCUCUCCUCUCCAGGGAACGCAGGCAGGCGUGGAGCGGCAAAGUGCACAAUCACAGUUGCUCAUUGGAGGAAGAAUUGAGGCAUCGACUCCUUACAGCCUGGAGUCCGAGUCUCUGAGGAUGGACUGCAUCAUGUCGGGAGGGGCGUCCCCCACUCUGGCCAUCAAUGCUGUAACCAACAAGGUAGCACUGUACAACCCCGAGGCCGAAGGCAGCGAGAGUCCUGGGAGUCUGGGCAGCCUGAGCAACAGUCUGUCAGAGCAGAGUUUGGCGUCCGUCAACCUUAACAACCUGAACACCGCCGUCAGCAGCGGCAGCAACGUACACAGCUACACACCGGUGAGUAGCCACUCAGAGCCUUCGUCCCAGUCCCUGAGCCUCCAGCAGCCGGCCCAGCCGCCGCCGCCUCCCCCUCCUCCCCCACAGCCCCAGUACGGUCUGCCCGUCCCGGAGUCGCGGGACAAGCAGCUCUGUUUCUCCGACUUCGAGGACCUCAGCGCUUCUUUCCGCAGUCUUUACAAGUGCGUCUUUGAGCAGUCCUUUUCACAGCAAGGUUUGAUGGGUAUGCCCGGUGAUUCCAGCCAGCAGGCCCGGACCGCCUGCUCUUAUCAGCACUCUCCCGGUGCAGGAAACGGCGUCGGCGGCGUCGGCGGCGUCGGCGGCCACCACCACCAACACAACCACGGUCAGGCGUCACACCACCCCCACCACCCUCAGCAGCACCUCUCCCCUCACUCCACCCACAGCCAGCACCAGGCGCACGGCCAGCACCAACAGCACCCCGCUCAUUCCCAGCAGCACCCGUCUCUCUCCCACCAGAGUCACACCGGACAAACCUGCCCGACAACAGGCAUGUCAUCAGACUGGUACCCCAACCUGGACUGGCUGAAGGAGAGCUGCCGCAUCGCUACCAGCUACAACUGGGCUGACGUAGACCUCUCCCCAUUUCAAGGUCUGAAGGAGAGCAUGCGGCAGGCCGAGCUCAACAACUGGUCGCUGGACGCCGCCCAGAUGGCCGACCUGUGUUCCUCCAUUAACCAGUUCUUCGCGGCCACGGGGGUCAUCCCCCCGCAGGGCGCCGCCCACCCGCAACCUCAGGCCCAACAACACCCGACGCCAGCGGGAGCGCCGCAGCACCCGGCUCAGCCACACGGGGCGAUGCACCCGAAGGCCAGCCAGCACAAUCAGCACGGGCAACACAACCAACACAACCAACACAUCAGCACGGGGAACAUGUACAUCGACUCGAGACAGAGCAUCUCCUCUCUGAUGGGCCCACCAGGAUACCCCCACAUGCCUCCCAUGAGCAACACGGCUCCCACCAUGACAGGUGACUCCAUCGCACUCUUAACAGGUCAUCUCAGCCAGCUGAGCCAGCAGCAGCAGCAACAGCACCGGAUGCCUCUGGGACACUUCCAGGUGAGACGCAUGCUCGCUGCAGACGACAUCCAGGACGACUUUGACUGGGACUCCAUCGUCUAAAACUGAGCCGUUGGUGGAACAGAGGGAUGAAGAGAGAGAGAGAGAGAGAGAGAGAGAGACCUGGGAUGACAGGUGAGGUAUGGAACUAGCCGACCUCCUUUCACCUGUGUGGAAAAAAAAAACAGAAGACAAUCCAACAGAAGUCAUUUUUCUGAUCUUGCUGGCCUUUUUUCCCCCCCGAUACAAGUGGAUGAAAGACAAUCAUUAAAAAAAAAAGAAAAGAAAUGAGACUUAACACGGGAUUGGACCAAGCCGAGAUUUAAACGCACGUCGUCCGAAGCAAAAACGACGUCUGAAGCUCUCUGAGUUGUCUCAUGUUGUGCCAACAGGGUUACUGCAAGUCGCCAAAGUGUUGUCGAAUCGUCUGUGAAUUAUUUUUGUUUUCUUAAAUCUCUUUUGUGUUUUCCUGCUACAACUUGUGUCCCACGUCUGCAAAGUUUUCAGCGCCUGUGAAAUGAAUAGAAAAACCUUGUGUUCUCCACACUCCCUGCAGAGAAUCGUCCUUCACACACAUUCAACACAUCCUUUUCCUCCUCCUUUUGUCCACUCCGAUACUGGGCUUCUGUGUGGCUGUGGCUCUUUUCAAACCACAGUUAGAAGGAGGAUUUAUGAAGAAGGAAGUAAAUGAACCUGUUCAACUUGAAUCAGUCGUGAAGGAGUGAAGCGCCACCUGCUGGUUAAAACGGGCACCGUCACAGCUUCCUUUUGCAUCACAAUCUGUUCUUCCUUUUCUCUUUGUUCCGUCACGUCGGACACCUGAACUUUUUAUUUUAUCAUUUUUAAAUGUGUGUGUGGAACGGUCCAUGGUGCCAUGUUCUCAGGGUGUUAACAUUCAUAUACCACGUCAGAAGCCAUUUACAUCUCUGUGCGUGAGGUUACUGCGUGUUGUUCGGUGAUGUCAGUGUUCACUUCCUGUUGGCGGACGGCGAGCCUCCUGGUGACUGAGGUCAAAAACGUUUCAAAUCUUCAGCUUAUAAGCUAACUGAUAGAAGAUACUGUGGAAUAAGCUUUUCAGUAGCUCAAACAGCAGCCACUAAUUCAAAUUAAAAUGAGACGCUUGGCAACAACAAUACAUCGUUUUCUGAGAUCAAAUUCAAGGUUUAAUCAUUUUUGGGAAAGCGCAUAUCAAUUAUAAAGAGAAAGAAGGUCAACCGUGAUUUCAAGAUGCCUCGUUUAGGAGACGGCGAGCAGAUUUUUUGCACAACACCAAACUUAGCGAAUGAGAGAAAUAAAAGAAAAACGUGAACGUUAUCUUUCUUUAUUUCAAAAAGACAUUUUAGAAAAAAAAAAAAAAAAGGAUCAGCAAAGGGAGCAAAGACUAAACAAAAGUUUCAAUGCUCAACUUUUCUAACUGUGAUGUUUAAUUUUGUCCGUGUGUACAAGUGUGUAUAGUCCUCUCUGAUUUCCUUUUAGCAUACAGCUCAAAAAAUACACAUAAGAAACCAGUAAUUUGUUUGUAUUACGUGGGUACAAAGUGAAAUAUGGGACCUUAAAGUGCUCUUUCGUUUGGAAGAUCUCAGUGAUUGUUCGAAUGGUCUAAACAAGGUCUCAUUGUAAACAAAAAAAGAAAAAAAAAAAGAAAAAUACUCUUUAUUAUUGCCAUUUAAUGCUGUAUUACAGUGACCAGCAUAUAUAUAUAUAUAUAUAUAUCUUGUAUGUUUGUGUGUUGUUGUCCUUGUAAAUAACGGUAUGUUACUCCUACGUUUGCCGUUUGAAAAACACAGACUGAAAAGAGAAAAAACAGCAAAUGGAGAGAAAGUAUUUUGUUAUUUGUCCUUCAGGAGACACAGUAUGUACAUAUCUUCAGUAUAUUGUAAAUAAGUGAUGAGGAGAAAAAAAAAGAAUUGGCAUCGGCGUUUUGUGUGUUAUAAAUAAUCUGUGUAUGGCAGUUCAACAGUUAAAAUCUGUUUCAGUGUUUAUUAAAAUGUCAUUGACCCAUUUUUACUGCGCUAA